UUCAGGUGUCACACUAUUUUUCAGGAAGUAGGAGGCUGGUAGAAAGUGAUCCAGGUGAAAAGCAGGAAGGUAAGAAACACCGACUCACUGUAAAAGAUAAUCAGAAACCGAUACAGAGAAACUAAUCAAAGGUGGCAGAAGAACAAUGGGACCUCCAUUGAGGCUGCAUGAGCUGAUUCGAGCCAUCCGCAGUGUUAAGACACAGAACGAAGAGAGAGAAGUGAUCCAGAGAGAGUGUGCAGAGAUCCGCUCGUCUUUUCGAGAUGAGGACUCCGUGUACCGCGGACGAAGUGUGGCUAAACUGCUGUACAUGCACAUGCUGGGUUAUCCAGCACACUUUGGACAGAUGGAAUGUUUGAAAUUGAUAGCCUCCCCCAAAUUUACUGACAAACGAAUUGGAUACCUAGGCGCUAUGAUGUUGCUGGAUGAAAGGCAAGAUGCUCAUCUACUGAUAACCAACAGCAUGAAGAGGGACCUAGAGCACAGCUCCUCUGUGGUGCAAGGCCUGGCUCUGUGCACAUUGGCCUGCAUGGGAUCAACCGAGAUGUCUCGAGAUCUGGCUGGGGAAGUGGAGCAUCUUCUACAAACAUCAAAUUCCCAUAUCAAGAAAAAGGCUGUCCUCUGUGCUGUGCACAUCAUCCGGAAGGUCCCUGACUUAGUGGAAAUGUUUAUUCCAGCUGCUGAGGAACUUCUGACAGAAAAGAGGCAUGGUGUAUUAUACGGAGCUGUACUUCUGGUUACAGAGAUCUGCCAGAGGCAUCCUGAAGCCUCCAAACGCUUUCGCAAGAUUCUCCCACUAAUUCUGCAAAAACUAAGGCAGGUCAUGUCGGGUUAUUCUCCAGAGCAUGCCGUGGCGGGCAUCACUGACCCCUUUUUACAGGUGAGACUCCUGCGACUACUGAGAGUGUUAGGACAGAAUGAUGAGAGUGUCUGUGAUGCCAUGAGUGACCUGUUAGCGCAGGUAUCCACAUGCACAGAAACCCAGUCUAAUGCUGGCAAUGCUGUUCUGUAUGAAACUGUCCUUACUAUAGUAGAAACCAAAUCUGCAAGUGGCUUAAGGGUUCUUGCUGUUAACAUACUUGGACGUUUUUUGCUAAGCAACGAUAAGAACAUUAGAUAUGUUGCCCUUACGUCCCUCCAACGCUUAGUACAGUCUGAUCAUGCGGCUGUACAGAGACAUCGAGGUACAAUCGUAGAAUGCCUCAGACAGACAGAUGCAUCUGUAAACAAGAGGGCUCUGGAGUUGUGCUAUGCCCUUGUGAAUGAGUCAAACAUCCGCGUAAUGAUGAAAGAGCUUCAGAAGUUUCUACGGAAUUGCUCACCAGAUUUGAAAGAGCAGUGCACAUCUGGAAUCUUCCUCAGCGCUGAGAAGUUUUCCCCUUCGAAGCGCUGGCACAUAGAUACCAUAAUGGAGACACUAAUUGCAGCUGGGGAGAGCGUUCGCGAUGAUGCUGUCUCACACCUUAUCCAGUUGAUCAUCGGAUCCUCAGAUCUUCAUGGCUACAUAGUUCAAAGACUUUACAAAGCAAUUAGGAAUGACAUUGUCCAGCAACCAUUAGUUCAGGUGGCCUCAUGGUGCAUUGGGGAAUAUGGAGAUCUCCUACUGCAUGGAGUUUGUGAAGAAGAGGAACCUAUUCAAGUAACAGAAGAUGACGUUCUGGAUGUUCUUGAAGGAGUAUUACAGUCCCACAUUUCCCUACCAAGUACACGAGCGUAUACGCUGACUGCAAUUAUGAAGCUGAGCACACGUUUCCAAAACGGCGUGAACCGCAUACGUCGUGUGGUGUCAAUAUAUGGUUGCUGCCAUGAUGUGGAAUUACAGCAAAGAGCUGUAGAGUACAACGCACUCUUUAAGAAAUAUGAUCACAUGAGGUGUGCUCUCUUGGAAAAGAUGCCAUUACCAGAAAAGACUAAUACCGAGGAUGUUGGAAGUAUAAUUGCUGAAACCAAAGACAAAGUUGAGAAAUCUCCAGAAAAUAACCCAUCCUCCAACAUGCCAGCAAGUCAUGUUACUGAUCUCUUAGGAUUAUUGGACAACAGCACAGACAAUCUGCUGACACCUGUAAAUGUGGCGACAUCAACUGUAAACCAAAAUGACUCUAGUGGGGGCAGCUUGUUGGAUCUUCUGGGUGAAACCCCAACCCCAGCAGCUCUGCCUUCAAUGGAGGUAUAUAAUAAUGGAAGCCUCCAAGUGGAAUUUUCAUUCCUGCUCCCACCAUCCAGUCCUUCCCUGCUAGUCAUCAACUCUCGUGCCACCAACAACUCUUCUACCAACAUUACUGACUUCCUGUUACAGGCAGCAGUGCCCAAGAAUGUUCAGCUACAGAUUCAAGCUCCCAGUGGUAAUUUACUUGCAGCUUCAGGUGAAGGAUCAGUUACACAAUCCAUCCGUGUACUGAACCCCCAAAAGGUUCCUCUCCGAAUGCGUCUGCGUUUAUCAUUUACACAGAAUGGAAAUUCAGUGCUGGAAGUAUGCGAAGUCAACAACUUUCCUGCAGGGAUAUGGCAGUAAUUCAAAGCACAGUGGGAUAUUUGAGUUAAAAAGACACUUAGAUGAAGGUGACGGCAAUGUCAAAGAUGUUUUGCUAAAGGAACAAAUUAGUGUGCUGAUGUUUUCAGAUUUGCUAUAACUGAAUAUAUAUUUAUUUUUGAUGUGACCCACAGCCAAAAGCACAAUUCAUAUCUCACUCUGAGCAGAAAUAAUUUGGGAAAGUGUUCAGGCAUGGGUUCUUGUA